UUAUAAUUACAUUAUUUGUUCUGGUCUGAUAGUGAAAAUGGAUGGCUGGAAAAACAGAUCGCCAUUGGCUUACUGGGAAGCCCGAAAGGGAAUAGGAUCGGCGCUUCCUCAGGUGUUGCCAAAGCGAACAGAGCCAUUUGUGGACUUGAAGUUCGAUCUGUACAGUGAUGCAGUUGCCUUCGAAAGGGACCGCUUUCAAACUAUCUCGGAGGAGCAUAAUGUUGCUAUUGAUCCGACAGUGCUCACCUUCGCUAACCACUACAAUCAUCCACAUAAGCUCCUCGUGGCGGACGAAGAAGGGAUGAUUUAUUUCCUGGACACGGGAACCGAGUCUUCGAAACAUAAAAGUCUCGCUACAUUGCGAAUCCACAACCACGCCAUCUUCGACGCCAAGUUCCGUCCAGAGGAUCCUAGUUUGCAGUUUAUCACAGCUUCUGGCGAUAUGGGAUGCGCUUUGGUCGAUUUCAGUACGCAGUCGGUUGUUGGCACUUUCCUGGGACAUCAUCAGAACGUGAAGUGCUUAAGUUGGCAAAAAGAUUCACAGAACAAUGUUUUUGCUUCCGGUGGACGUGACGGGCACGUUAUGUUUUUCGAUUUGCGAUCCGGACUGCAUAAUGGUAGCCAUUAUCCAGUGGGAUACUUGGUGAACGCUCAUUCCCAGUGGACGCCUCGGCAGCCUGCGCUGUUCCGACGAGCGUACAGAGUAUCCAUGCCGAAUGUAUCUAUCAACAUUGACAAACUACGUGAGGUUUACACUGCAUUGCCAAAAGAAUCGAAAAACCAUAGAACCAGCAUUACCGAUAUUAUGUUCCAAACGUCUUACGCAUUCUGGACCGCUGGCACUGCAGAUAGCUCAAUUAGGCUGUGGGAUUUGCGUCGUUUGAACAGCGGGAAAACAGAUUCAGUCAUGUCUAUUCACAUGGAUAGUGGCUUACCGUUUACAUCUUUAUGCAUGGAUUCCACUCGAACAUCGCUUUUUGCCUCAUCAAGGGACAAUGUGAUAUACCAGUUUAACAUUGGGCCUUCUAUGGAUCCCAAGCCAGUCGCACAAUACUUCGGAGCUUCAGUUUCGUCAUUUUAUGUCAAAUGCUCUCUCAGUGCGGAUGACGAAUUUCUUGGGUGUGGAUCCUUGGAUGGAAAAGGGUAUAUUUUCAAGGUGAAACAACCAAAUGCUGCUCCGGUUAAUCUGAUUGGCCAUACAAAAGAAGAAAUUUCGGGAGUUGCUUUUAAUUCUGUGGACCCAUAUCAGUUGGCGACCACAGCUGAAGAUGUUAUUGUUUGGCACGCGGAGCCCUAUCUUGACCGAUGCCGACCCAGUGAGGUCAUCGGAACUGCGCGAAUUGAUUUGAGGGGUUUGGAGCAGCGUACGCCGAAACUUCGGAAACGCGAGCGAUCGGUAUGCACGGCCGACCUUCGCAUGCCGCAGUUGAGUGUCUGGUUGCGGGAACGAUCCAAGGGAGGGGCAUGUUCCCCAUUAUCUUCGCCGGCAGCAGAAUUUAGAAUAUCUUCUGAAGUUGAUGUUACCCACAGCCAACAGUCAAGUGCUGCACCAAAUGGGAUAGCUAUAAGUCAGAGCACACUGCAAUCUGACCGCAAAAGACGGACAAAAAAUCUCACACUGUCUCCAUUUUUCAAGCGGGUACGAGUCGAACAGUCACCGUCAACUCUUCCUUGAAAGACAAAUCGUAUUGUGGCAAAUCUUCCGAAAUUAUUCUGUAACCUUG